UAAACACCAGAAUGGUCUAUUCAUUUUGUGCCUACAUGUUGUAUUUGCCAGUCUACAAUGUGUAUUGUUGUUUCAAAGUAAUAUCUUUUUUUUUUAUUAUUAUUUUAGAUUUCAUAGUUUCUACUCUCGAUUAUAUGCAGCAGGUGCAUGCUUGAAUGGAUACCAGUAGCUGUAACAGGCAUGUAGUUGUGGAUCAAGACACAGAUUAACCUGUCAUGGACAGCUUAACAAGAGAUCCAGAUGAUGAGAUUCCUUCAGUGACGCAUCAACAUCCAGAAGACAUUAUGGACAAUCCUCAAGAUAAUGUGAAGCCGAUGAAUAAUGUGACACCAGAAGAGGGGUGUAACCCCAGAUCUGGUGGUCAUGCAAACAUAAGUUUAGCACCCAAACCCUCAGAUUUCAAGAAUUCAUCUCACAGCUACAUGGAUCACAGUGAUCCUGAUUUGACUGUUGCGUUAUUUGGAAGCUCUGAGGCAGUCCAGUUUGGAUGUGACAACAUUCUACUUGGAGAAAGAAAACUUGAAAAUGCAAAAUGUUCUAUGAUCAUUCCUUUAGAGAGGAAGAUAUCAGAACAUUGUGUCUCUGUGAUCAACAUGAUUGGCUCACAGGAGAGUGAUCUUGAACCUCUCGAUCAUUUUGUUGAUCAAGUAGUAAAGGAAAAUGAAAUCCAUGCCUUCAUCUUUGUUGUGCGACUCGGUCAGUUAACAGAUGAAGAUAAAAUGGGUAUUGAAUGGCUACAGAGAUUUUUUGGUGUUCAAGUUCUUUCAUUUGUGAUUACCCUCUUCACGUAUGAGCGAGAGGAAGAGUGUGAUACUAUAACAGAUGACUUGAAGAACAACUCUGUUCUGGAGCAGCUACUGGAGAAAUGUGGAGGACGAUAUCACACCUGCAGCAAGAUCAUGAACAACCAAUCAGAGAUGAGAGAACUAAUAGACAGAAUCAAGCGUCUGUUCACUGACAACAAUCAACAGUGCUACACCGGAGAGAUGUACACAACUUUAAAAGAACCUUUAGGAGACCACCAAAACAGUGAAUAUCAGAGUGGCACAGACAGAGAAGCAAGCUUACACCUAAGGGACACUAAUUCACAGCUUUUUGGGAGCUUGAUCCAAACUGAAACUGAAGGACACAAACAGAAGCUUGCAGCAGAGCAACUUAUUAAAAGGCUUCAACUUGAAAGCGAACACCAGCUCCUGAGAGCUGUUGAUUUCCUUCAGUCAGUUGUACAAUCCCAGUUCCAAGAGCCUUGUGAGUUGGCACAAAUUUUUCUACAAAGAUUGCUGAUGAUGGAUUACAGAGCAAGAGGCCUCGAGGUUAAAGAGAGCAAUAAAAAAUAUCACACACAACAAACAGAUGGUGACUCAUUUGAGGAUGUUGGUGAUGCCUAUGAGGAUAUUUUCCAAGAAACUGCCAAACCAGCUGAUGAAAUGAACAAGUCAGAUUCUGUUCACUUAAUGGAUGUUCAGAUGGCCGUGUUUCAUUGUGCGGAUAGUUUUCUAAAGCAGCUCAUUGUGACUAAGCUCUCACAAUGCCAAUAUGCUCUACCUCUGCUUGUACCCAAUCCAUUCACACAACAGAUUGAGUUCCCACUCUGGACAUUUCGACAAAUUAACAAGAGCUGGAAGACGAAAGAUGAUACAGGAAAAAUCUCUAGCAAAUUUCAGCCAAUGUACGAAGCAGAAACCCCAAUGGUGGCUUUCUUCAGGUUUGGUGCUGCAUCCUUAUCCAAGUCUCAGCUGAUGAACAGCCUGAUUAAUGAGAAACACAACACGUUCUUCCACAGGAACUGCCCAGGCAGCAGCAGAACCAGAGUGAUGAUGGAUGGAUUGGUGGAGAUCGCCUGGUACUGUCCAUCUGGAAAGGAAACAGACAGAUUUAAUCAUUGUGUUGCAUUCUGUAACCUCCAUGGUGAUGCAGGAGACCAUGAAACGCAGCUGGAUAUCCUGACUGAAAUGGCGUCUGUAAAUGUUGCUAUUUUACCACAACUUGACAAGAAUGACAAAAGCAUGACCAAAAUCCAAAACUUCUACAAGGGCUCAAAGCCAUUCAUCUGCCUUCUUACUGAUAAAGAUUCAGCUCUCACAGAAAUGCGGAAAGGGAAAUACAAAAUUGGUUUUAAGGCCAGAAAUCAGUCAGUUGCGUUUGAAGAAAUCAGAAGAGCUAUAAAUAAUUGUCUCUUGUCUACUGAAUCAUGUUCCUUUUUCAGGCUUGAAGACAUGGCUAAAUACUAUAAUAUUAGAGUAGAUGAGGUUCAUGAUGAUGACUGCAGGAAAGGAAAAGAGGCAGCACUGCAGAUGAUUACUUUACUAAAGGAUAAAGAUCUGACUGAAAUCAAAGAAUCAUUCCUGCCUUGUCAAGGACAACUGUGGCAUCAGUGGUGCCAGAAGAAUAAAGAACUUCAUCGACCAACAUUAGGAGAAUUAUAUAAGGGAAGCAACAUUGAAAAGAACAAAAGUUCUAAGCAGUUAGAAAUGCAGAAAAUCCGUGAACAGCAGCAAACGUUUAACCUAAGUCAGUUUGUCAAAAUCUUCAUUCAAAAACUGAAUUCACAAGCAGGAAAUGAGGUGGUAUAUUUUCUGAAAUGGCUUGGUAUCCUACUGGAUGAUUAUACCACUGAAAGUGUCUCAGUCCUUCUUCAUGAGUAUCAUGAAAAGUGGUCAACAGUCCUUAGCCUUAAAAAGAAAUAUGAUAAAUCACAGCAAAUGACUGCUGCACAAGUUAAACUUGAGAGAGUAUCUGAGAAACUACAAUCUGCAACCUUUGGCUUGGAGCACAUACUGAGAGAGAUCGCUCAGAUAUAUGAAUCAUGUUCAUCUGUGAAGAAAAACAAAAAAGACCUCAAGUUUAACUUCUCUUCUUUUCCAAGUCUUGCAGCAAAGAUGAUGAUCUCUGGGUUUCCACUGGAGCUGAUGGAUGGAGAUGCUGCCCAUGUUCCUCUAAUCUGGGUUACUGCUGUUCUUGAUGCACUCAUCCAGAAACUGGGAGACAAGAGAGUCUAUGUGUUGUCAGUUUUAGGGACUCAGAGCUCUGGGAAAUCCACUAUGCUGAACACCAUGUUUGGACUGCAGUUUGCCGUCAGUGCCGGCAGGUGCACCAGAGGAGCUUUCAUGCAGCUGGUCAGAGUGUCAGAGGAGAUGAAAACACAACUGAAGUUUGACUACAUUCUGGUCAUUGAUACUGAGGGACUUUAUGCCCUAGAACUGGUCGGAAGAUCAACAAGAAAUCAUGACAAUGAAAUGGCCACAUUUGUGGUUGGUCUUGGAAAUAUGACAUUGAUCAACAUCUUUGGAGAAAACGCAGCUGAGAUGCAGGACAUUCUUCAGAUUGUUGUUCAGGCCUUUCUGAGGAUGAAGAAGAUCAAACUAAAUACAAGCUGCAUGUUUGUGCAUCAGAAUGUUUCAGAUGUUACAGCUGAAGAGAAAAACAUGGAGGGAAGGAGACGACUGCAGGAGAAACUGGAUGAGAUGACGAAACUCGCUGCUAAAGAGGAAGACUGUGAUACAGAGUUUUUCAGUGACGUCAUUGCAUUUGACGUUCAGAAUGAUGUGAAGUAUUUUCCACAGCUGUGGGAAGGCAGCCCACCAAUGGCACCACCAAACCCAGACUACAGCACAAAUAUUCAGGAGCUAAAGGACACCAUUCUCUCAAAAGCUUCAAACUCCAACGGCAUUACACUGUCUCAGUUCAGAAUGCGUAUUAAUGAUCUGUGGAAUGCAUUGCUGAAUGAAAACUUUGUGUUCAGCUUCAAAAACACACUUGAGAUUGCAGUGUACAGAAAACUGGAAACUAUGUACAGUGACUGGACGUGGAGCCUCAGAAGUGCCAUGAUCGGCAUUGAAGACAAAUUCUACAACAGAAUUGCUAAUGGAAACAUUAAGGUUCAGGAAAAUGACUUGUUGGCUCACAUGAGAGAGACGAAAGAUCAAGUUGAAAAAUCAAUGAUGUCUUACUUUAAGGUGCAGAGAGAUAAAGAAAUUCUGUGUCAGUGGCGAGGUAGAUUUGAAACCAGAAUCAAAGAUCUUCAUGAUGACCUUGUAAAGGGAAUGAAACGUAGGUUGGAUGAAGCAAUUGAACAGAAAAAAGCCAGGGAGGAGCUGGAUAGAAAAAGGACAGAGUAUGAAAAUAAACUUUUCAUUCGGAGCAAGGAACUAGCUUUGAGUCUGAGAAAUAUAGGAACAGAUGAACUUAUGCUGAAGCAGGAGUUUGACACAAUGUGGAGCAAAUGGGUCACUGAAAUGACCGAAGAUACUCCUCCACUGGAAGACUUGAACUUUUGGGAGGACGUGAUGCAGAUCUUAUCUGAAAACCAUGAACUGACUUUUGUACAUGAGCGAUUAAAUCAGAAAGAUUAUGAACUGAUAGACCGCCGGAGUGAUUAUUGCGACUAUAUUAUGCUAAAGAAGGAUCCAGAAUAUUCUGAUGACACUGCAUCUUCAGAGGAAGCUGGUAAGAGCUCUUGGAAAAGCAAGACAAUGACACUUAAGUAUACUGUAAUGUAUCCUGCUCAAACGUCGAUGUCAGGGAUGGAAUAUUUUAAAGGGGAUCAAAAGCAACCAGACAACAAGGGCCUUAAUGCUGAAUGUCAGUCUUUAAUAAGGGAUCUAAUUCAUAAAAUUAUUCAGGAAACUGAGAAAAUAACAAAGAAUUCACCAGUUGGAAGACGGGGCUACAAUGAUAGUUACAUUCAAGAGAUAACAGACUGUGUUAAAAAGUCUUUACAGCAACAUCAAUCAGAAAGUCAAAUGUACAUAUUAAAAAAGGAGUUUACCAUAGAUCUCAGUCUUCAUGUGUGUGACAUUGCAAGACAGGAGUUUACUGAUCUCCACAAAGAAUUUAGAGAAGCAAAUGACCCGAGACUUUAUCUUGAGAAGCAAAAAACUCAGUAUUGCAAUGUCUUCAUGAAUUUCUACAGAGGAGCGACAGCAACCAUACAGAGUGAAUUCAUCUGCAGCAAUCUUGAACCAUCCAUCCUACAAGCAGUUUACAAUGAAACUGCUAUUAGUUUGGCAGCACAGAUGAGGUCAGACAUAGAAGCAUUAUGUGAGAACAGACAAAAUCUGGAGAAACACAUUCUGAAAUUCCUUGCAGAAAGGGAGGACUUCAAGCAUUACAUGAAAUAUAUUCAUAAUCCCAGAGCAUACUUUAAACUUUUCAUAAAAAAUGAAGUGAAAAGAUACUUCACCAAACAAAACCAAAAAAUUGUAAACAUUUUCAAGGAAAAUCUAAAACAAAAAGUGCAGAUUGUUAGUAAUGCAAUGAAAGCAGCUACAGUGGAGGUCAAGAGUAAGAGAGGAGAUGGCAACAUGUGGUUCAGAUGCUUUACCACAACACUAACAGAUGAGUUGAAAUUCACAGGGAACUCAUGUGUGGAUCUCAGUGAAAUUAAAGAUUUGGAUUUUCUUGAAAAGCUUUUACGUGACAGUCUGAAGGAGAAGAUGAUAAACCUUCAAAACAGUUUUAAAAGCAUUAAUGACAUAAAAAUGGAAAAUUGCAGAAAGGGACCAGAUGAGAUUUUGAUUGAGCACUUCUGUCAGUGCUGUUGGGUUCAGUGUCCUUUCUGUAAAGCCAUCUGCACCAACACAAUGGAAGAUCAUCCUGGAGAUCACAGUGUUCCUUUCCACCGCAAUAUUGGUCUGAAUGGGUGGUCUUACAGAAGAACAACAAACUUGGCUGUUGAAAUCUGCACAACAGCAGUCGUGAGUGAUCGAUAUUUUUAUCCAAAUUCCAGAGAUGAUGCAGUCCCCUGGAAAGAAUACAGAAAAGGAGGUUGGAAUUAUGCUAAUUGGAGCAUCACCCCUGACUUCUGUGAUCUGCUCUACUGGAAAUGGUUUGUGUGCAGAUUUCAGAAAGAUCUAGAAUGGUACUACAAUAAAACAUUCCAGGGAGAUGGUGAGAUUCCAGAUGAAUGGAAAAUGUACACAAAAGAGGAAGCUCUAGAGAGUUUGGAAAAAUACAUAGAAAAGUAAACAAAUUAAACUCUUUCAGGUCCCUAUGGACCCUUUUCACUUUCUCUUCAUAUUUAUAUAUAUAUGUGUGUGUGUGUGUGUUUAGAGGGAGAGAAAUAUAUAUACAGAGGGGGAGAGGGGGAGAGAGAGAAAGAGAGAGAGAUUGAUAAAAGUUCCCUCAGCCGCUGUAUUAGAAAUGCUUGUGCAGCAGUGUCCAUUCGUUUUUUGUAAUUUAAUGCUGUAAUUUAAUUACAGGUGAAAUUCUGAUAUCUGGUUCCACACAGUAAUAUUGAACUUAUUUUUUCCUCCCACAAGUUUAUAUGAACAACAACAGUGUUUUUGCUGAGACGUAACACCGCUAAGCAUUUUUAUUUACAUGCAAUGAUCAUUACUAACAAAGUAACAAUGUAACUGGGCCAUAAUGCCACAGUGGGAAAUGUUUAAUGAUUUACUAUCAAUAAUUGACCCUUUUUAAGUUUAAAUACUUAUAAACUUAAAACAAAGCAGACUUUUAAUUUUUUUGUUCUACUUCCUCUAUCCUUUUGUCAGAAUGCUUACUAGCCUUCCUUGUCCAGCCAGAGCACUUUACAUUCUGCAUGGUAGUAGACCCAGUGUGUUUUUAAAUAAUUCUGGACCUCGUGACCAUUCACAUCCAGCACAUAAGCAAAACCAAAACUGAUUUAGCCAUUUUAACAAUAUCAUCCUUGCUUACAGAGGACAGUUCAUUCCACUUGGCCAUUUUCACUAAAGCCUAUAAAAUAACAUCUAAUAAUAUAGCUAAUACCUGCAACAUAGUGAUUUAUUUAAUUAUAGGAUGGGAGUAAUGACAGCAACCUCAUGACCACUUGGCCAAAGAUUGACACUCGCAUAAUUUGGCAUAUUUCAGUGCAUCAUGACAAAUUAUACAACUGAAACAUGAAACACAUACAUUAGAUUUACACUCAGGCACAACUUCACAACAUACAAAUAUUCAUUGUCUCCUGAAUUCCUUGUCGUUUAAAGUGCUCUACAGAUCAUACAUACCCUAUAUAUUUUCAAUAUGUUGUUUUUUUUUCAAACUGAAAUUUUGCCCAAUUUGUUUACAAUUUUGUCAGUGUGUAUUGCCUUAUAAAGAAACUGUAUGUGUUAGCUUGGGAACUACAAAAUCAGUUGAUUAGUUUCAAUUAACUGAAUGGUUAAAAUUGGAACUAACCAGGUUAAUUGCAAUUUUAAUAUAUACUAUAUAUACAAUAUACUACUCCCCAACAA